ACAAGAUCUGAAGAAUCUCCCGAGAAAUAUCGUGGUGGCCACCCGGAACGUAUAAGUCCACCGGUUUUGGAAGCCUUACACGAGGUCAAUCAGGUUGAUAUAGAGGCUCAUGACAACGGACUACCAUCUCUGAAUAAAUCUAUCACCAAGUUUGGCAAAGACCCGCAUCUUGUUGAAGUCAACAGUGGUACCGCUUGGGGUGUAAGUUCGGACACAGCGUUAGACCUGAGCACAAAUCAGAGUAGACAUUCCGCGCACGUGAUUCACCGCCCCUGGAACAAUGACAACACGAACCAAGAGAAUUGUGAGCCAAAUAAUCCCUCUCCCCUGAGGUCCGUCACUGAUGACUCGCGAACAAAGCUUCAUGAAAUCCCUCCGGCCCAUCGACGGAUGUCGUUUAGUGCUGCCGAACUGUUCAAGGCGCAUAACUCACCGAGUUCGGAUCCCUCCGCUUCUGUUGGUGAUCUUUUUUCCCCCGACUAUAUGAGCCGUAUCUCAGCAAAGAUGAAUUUAACCGGUAUUUCGAUGAACUCCUCGUUCCCUCAUCUCUACCAGACGACCCCGUCGAUCGAUCUUCUAACCGCCGCUUACGCAGCAGCUCUGACCCAUGGCGGUCAGAAUGUUGGGAGCACGGGUACAAUCGUUCCUGGCAGUUUAUUGUUCCAAACUCAAAUGGAUCAAUCACAUCCCACGGAGGAGAGAAGUACAAGGCAUUUCACUUCGUUCAAGGAGUCAGAUACAAUACAGUCACGUGACCUGAUUACGUCAGGAGGUUUUCCUGCCACACAACCAUCCGUUUUCUAUCCCAACGCCUACUGGUCUACCCACCUAGCAGCUAACGCGACAAACAACCAUGAUGUCUACAACAUGUCAACAAGUGCUUCCGCUCUCUCAAAAGGACAUUAUAAUGACCAAACUGCUCUGGAUGACCUAGAACAAGAAGAUUUGGGCAUGCGCUCGAGUCACUGUACUCUCUCACCCACCAACAGCCGGACACGUCCGUCAGAAGACUACUUGGAACAGUUCAUGAAGGUCGAUCAGUCGCAGAACAUACUCUGGCGCCAACUUGCCGAUCGAUUUCAGCGCACGCUGGCUCCCAAUCAAUGUGGGGUGUGUAACAAGGUGUUGAGUUGUCGCAGUGCUCUCACGAUGCACUACCGAGUUCAUACAGAGGAGCGACCAUUUGUUUGCAUUAUAUGUGAAAAACGGUUUUCAACGAAAGGAAAUCUGAAAACGCACUUGGGGCAACAUCACGAAACUAUUGAAGCCUAUCGAAAUGCGGUGGCUGUUGCCAUGGCGACAGGGACGGCACUACCACGACCGCCACCAAUGUCGUCCUCGGCUACACUGCCUCCUCCUACGGGGAAGAUUCCUUCAGGGGAAACACAGCUAGCCCCACAAUUCCAAAAAGCGGAAAAUGGCUCAAGUCUUUAUGCGGGAGGCGCUGGCGACAGUCUGACAGGAAUACCGUCACCGACAGAUCUAUCAAUGAUGAUGAAUACAGGUGCACUUUCACUUCCAUGGGCCACGCACUCAGGACUGUUUCCGUUUGCUCGCUCUGCAAUUCAUCCAAACCUCAGUAGUUCCACACAUUCUGAUUGUCCAAACGAAUCAAGGCAGACCGAAACGUUCAACACUUCUUCGAUUGGAACGGACGAACGUAAACCAAAUCAGUCCAGUUUACUUGUCUCACCGAGUGGUCGGCUCGAUUCGGGGUUUUACACAAGCCCAUCAAACCCAUUUUCUCGAAAUCAUGGAGAAGAACCGAAGACAGGAUCACCAACCACCAGUGCGAGUUCGGUAACCCCGCAAAAUGAGAGCACACCGGUUAAGACCAAAUUCUUCCAAGGAUUUCCCAAACCUCAUGCUGAAUUAUCAAUUUUGGCGACGGAACAGUGUACC